AUGUCUCCAACACCACUACGUUCAAGUUCGAUUGACAUUCAUUCGAAUGCAAAAUGGAUACAGAAUGGUCUCACUGUGGCUGAAGGAAAUGGUGACGGGAAUGGAAUCAAUCAACUCCAUUACCCACUCAGUUUGUAUGUCGAUAAUGAUCAAACUAUUUAUGUCGCCGAUCAGCUUAAUCACCGUAUUGUGGAAUGGAAAUGUGGUGCGAUGAGUGGAAAUGGAAGGGGAAAUAGUCUCGAUCAACUCUCUUGCCCUCCGUACGUCUUUGUCGAUCGAGAUCAUGCAGUGUAUGUGUCCGAUCAUCGUAUGAUGAAAUGGGAAGAAGGUGCAAAACAAGGCAUUGGCGUAGCCGGUGGUCAAGAAGAAGGAAAUAGUCUUUCACAAUUGUCAUAUCCUCUAGGAGUCGUUGUUGAUCAAUUGGGCACUGUCUAUGUGGUUGAUUGUUCGAAUCAUCGAAUCAUGCGUUGGCCAAAAGGAGCCACACAUGGAAGUGUCAUUGCUGGUGGAAAUGGUAAAGGAAGACAGUCGAAUCAAUUGAAUUAUCCGUCUGGUUUUUCAUUCGAUCGACAUGGCAAUCUCUAUGUCGUCGAUUGGAGCAAUCAUCGAGUACAAAAAUUUAAUAUUGAUUCAAAUUCAUAG